AUGCCGGCGGUUCUCUCUGCUGUUUUCUACUCUUGCUUCUCGAUGGCGGUAUUGGCGAUGACAACGCAAUGCAAAGGACCACGUCUAGCUAGCAGAUAUCUGAAAGAAACAUUCUAUGGAAUACAAGAAGGAAAGAAAGUACGCAGGAGCAGUAGCCUACAAACUGAAUGGUACUCGCAGAAAUGGCUAGAAAAUCGCUAUGACGUGGAGCAUACAAUUCCUGUCUGUGUCGUUCUGUAG